AAAUGUUGGUUAAAAAACGCGCUUAGGCAAUUACCGGAAGACAUCGAAAUUGACUUAACAAACACCGUCCAAGAUAUUCGUAAUCAGCUAGCAAAGCUGAAUUCAGCUGACAUAAUGUCGAGGCUAGAGAAAACGUUUCGGAUGAACCUAGUUAAGUCGAUCCAGGAUAAUGCUGCCAGGAGCAGCAGGUUGCGUUUUUUGUUUCAGUGCCUACCAGAAAGCGGAGAAGUGCACCUGUUGAAAACGAUGCCGGCAAUGACAAGCGGAAACUGGGUGAAAAUGUUGACUUCUGGUCACUACCUUGCUGUGGAGACAGGAAGAUGGAACGCUGUGCCCCGGGAGGAGCGGAUAUGUAACUUCUGUGAGGUUGUGGAGGACGAGUAUCAUGCUCUGAAUGAAUGUCCUGCAUAUUUCCCACACAGACAGAAACUACAGGAGCGACUAGCUGCCCAUAAACUUUCAAUACAGGAUGGCGGACUAGUGGAAGCAAUGCAGAAUUUACUACGGAGAAAGGAGAAGCCGAUGGAACACGAGAAGACAUUGUUCUUUUUUUUAAGCAAUUUUUUUAACCAGAUUUUGAUAGAUAGCCGCAAAGUAUUUAGCGGCGAACUAUUACUGUUGCCUAUGUAAAGCCUUAAAUUGUGCACGGUAUAACUAAAAUGCAGUCGAAUCCACCUUUGUUUAUUUUCACAUGAGGUUUUUACAUCUCUAAAUUGUUUUUUUUAAUAUCAUUUUCUUGACAUCUUCAGUGUCUGUUGAAAAGAUCUUUUGAUUGUUUAUGCUUAAGCAUACGGCACAACGCAUGGUGUGCCCCUGCCAGAAGAAAUCUGGGCGAAUAAAGUUGUCUUGUCUUGUCUUGUACCAUAACCCGGACGACAUGGUGGAUCCCCCGACCAUAUCUGUCACCUGCUGUCGACUCAUCGAAUCCCUGCGGGACCCGAGCCAUUGUUCUACUUCUCCUGUUACGUUCGGUGUUUAUCCUCGACCUGUUGAGGAUUUCAUGCUAUACUACGGAGAAGGCUUAAACGCCAGACAGAUCUUCCUGCAUAAUGCCGGCACUGAAGAGCUGGAGCAUUUAUUCCGUGUUUGUGAUCCAGCCCCGUUUGGACGAAAUAGAGAGCGUUCUGGACGAAUCCUACCGUAAGGCUGUCAAAUUGGACGUGAACAAGUUUUCGGCCAAGUUCGACGCGGAGCGAUCGGGAUUACUGGGACGAAUAAAGAGCGAUCUGCUGUCGGGAGACGAGCACAACCGACAUGUCCAGGCCGAAUUGUAUAAGCUCAAUGUUUACGGAAAAGGCGGCUUCUUCAAGAAGCACACAUACACCCCGCGGGGCGCCAACAUGUUCGCCUCCCUGGUUGUCGUCUUUCCCACAACCCACGAGGGCGGUGCACUGGUCCUGCGUUCCGGCGGCAAAGAAUGGACGUUCGACGCCGCCAAUGAACUGGCCGCCCUUCGCACGCCGUCCAUCGCGUACAUGGCCUUCUUCAGCGACGUGGAACACGAGAUUCUCCCGGUGCUGAGCGGCCACCGCGUGUCAUUGACCUACAAUCUCUACUUCGCGCCACCGACAUUCCCGAGUUCAGCAUCCCCGUUAGCCAGGCGUCCCGCGACAAUGAGAAGGCGUUCCAGUCUAAGUUAA